AUCAAUCGUACGAACAUUGCAAAGGACAUGAAAAACCAAGACCACAUCAACGCCAAGUUUAAACAAAUAGUAUCCCUCCACGUCUUCACCUUAAAUCCAUUUUACGGGACUCAACUUCCUUAACCUCCGACACUUUACCACACCCUAUCAUUUCCCCCGCUUCCCUCCUCUUCACCGGCGAGUACCGUACGUCCCCCACAUCGUGUGGAGCCAAAAUAUAUAAAUACUAAAUAAAUAAUAAUCGGAUGAAAAAUUCCGUUGCGUGACUCGGGCUCCAUUCAGAGUCACACCUCCGAGUUCAGACCGACUCAGUCCAAAAACAAAAAGAAGAGAGUGAGAAAAAGAUAGACGGUGAUGAGAGGCGGUUUACCGAUUAACCGUCGAGCGGUUUUCAAGUUACGUCAAGUUGGGUUCGCGACGCUUGGAUGGGUUAAGAUCAAGAUCCUUCUUUGCGCUUGCGUCGCGUUAACUCUACUCGCAGUCGCUAACCGAAACCGCGACGGUUCUUCUUCGUUGAUGGGAUGGACCGGUGACGUUGCUUCGCUCGAUCUCUCUUCUUCACCACGGGGAAGAUAUGCAAUUGUAAUGAAUACUUGGAAAAGAUAUGAUCUGUUGAGGAAGUCGAUUUCACACUAUGCGACAUGUCCUAGGCUUGAUUCUAUACAUAUUGUAUGGAGUGAGCCUGAUCCUCCAUCGGAUUCUCUUAAAAGAUUUCUUAACUAUCUUUUACAGUUGAACUCUAGAAAGGGUCAGCAAGUUGAGUUGAUAUUUGAUAUCAAUAAGGAAGAUAGCUUGAACAACAGAUUUAAAGAAAUUAAGGAUUUGAAGACGGAUGCUAUUUUUUCGAUUGAUGAUGAUGUUAUAUUUCCUUGCUCUUCGGUUGAAUUUGCUUUCACUGUUUGGCAAAGUGCCCCAGAUACAAUGGUGGGAUAUGUUCCCCGUAUGCAUUGGCUAGAUCAAAAGAAAGGCAAGGAUAAAUACAUAUAUGGUGGAUGGUGGUCUGUUUGGUGGACUGGUAGUUACAGCAUGAUACUCUCAAAGGCUGCCUUCCUCCACAAAAAGUAUCUCAAACUUUACACUGAUGAGAUGCCUGCAUCAAUUAAAGAAUACAUAACCACGAACAGGAAUUGUGAAGAUAUUGCAAUGUCUUUUCUUGUUGCAAAUGCUACAGGUGCUCCUCCUAUAUGGGUUAAAGGUAAAAUAUUUGAGAUUGGUUCAACUGGCAUCAGCAGCUUGGGAGGGCAUAGUGAAAGAAGAACUGAAUGUAUUAACAAGUUUGUCGCCGAGUUCGGGCGAAUGCCCUUAGUACCGACUUCUAUGAAGGCCGUUGACAGCCGCAAUGCUUGGUUUUGGUGAUGCUGGAGAUUCCACUGCAUUUCGAUUUCAAAUUUUCCACUCUUUUGGCUCAAUCAGCAGUUGAAAUUAUUCCAACUCAUCUUUUUUUUCUCCAGCUGUAUAAUAUAGGAAAUUUUAUGUAGCUUAUAUGUUUUGAGGAUAGAGCUGUUUUGCCCUGUGCCUCUUGUAGCCUGAUCUUCUAGUAUUCUUACCACGUAUAACAGCACGGUAUUCGGCAUCUGAGAUUUCUACUUGUUCUGUUUUAUAAGAUUAAUGCCUUGGAAUCAUGUUGUAGUAACGGAUUCAUAUCCAGUCUCUUGGUUCCGAAGAUCUUAUGAAAUGUUCUUUUCCCAUUCA